AUGGCAAGCGGUUGGAGCCUUUUCUUUGGCCUGAUCAUUAUCGUGGCCCUCUGCUUGGCAGCAUGGUUCUUCAGCCCGAAGGGCGAAAAUCAGACCAAUCGUAUUCCUUGCACAGCUGCACCCCCUCAUCUCGCCGAAAAGAUCAGACAUCCGGCCGGGCCGGGUCCCGGAGUGAUCGGGUCUUCUUUGUUUCCCGCUUCGGGGUUCUUGCGUCGUUACGCCAUUAUUUCGGGCUAG